AUGCUUCGUGUCUGGAAAGCUUCCGGCGAAGAGCUGGUCGCCAUCUCGGGUAAGGAGCUGAAGACUGUGAGGGUUUUAAAGAAGCAGCUGCAAGGCUACUGUGGGCUGCCACGCUUUCGUCAGAGGCUUCUGCUGGAUGGCAGAAAUAUGGAAGAUGACGAGUCCGUGGACUUUCCCACCGAUCGCGACCUGCAGCUUGUGAUGUUGGGCUUUGUUGGCACCUCCGAAGAGCAAGUUGAUGAUAUGGAGGCUGCUAUUUCGGAAGAUUGUGUGCCAGAGGUUGAGAAGUGUCUCCAGCUACCCCUGGAUCCAAAUGCCGGACGUUUUCUUUCCAACAGCACGAGAAACGUUGAGAUCAUGCAACUGCUUUUAGAAGCCGAAGCUGAUCCGAACGGCACUGCAACUGAUGAACACUGGCCUCCUUUGUGUCAGGCCGCACUGCAACAUGAGCUGGAGACAGCCAGGGCAAGCAUCGAAGCCCAAACCAAGGCUGGCGCGACUCCGCUCCUCGUUGUGACGGAGGGCCUUAGGAACUACAAUGGAGACAAUAGGUUGAACCGUCUGCUUUUUGGUUUUCAGUUCGCGGGAGUCUUUCUGGUGUCACUCCGAAUGCUUCGUGUCUGGAAAGCUUCCGGCGAAGAGCUGGUCGCCAUCUCGGGUAAGGAGCUGAAGACUGUGAGGGCUUUGAAGAAGCAGCUGCAAGGCUACUGUGGGCUGCCACGCUUUCGUCAGAGGCUUCUGCUGGAUGGCAGAAAUAUGGAAGAUGACGAGUCUGUGGACUUUCCCACCGACCGUGACCUGCAGCUGGUGAUGUUGGGCUUCGUUGGCACCUGCGAUCUUCAAGCGGAAAUCCGCGAUGCCAUCUUGAAAGGUCGUGUGGAAGAGGUUGAGAGGCUCCUCCAGGUGCCUUUGGAUCCAAAUGCAGGACACUUGCUCCUAAGAGGAGCCAGAAACACUACGAUUGAGAUCAUGCACCUGCUAUUAGAAGCCCAAGCAGAUCCGAACGGCAAUGGCUCUGAGCAGCCGCCUUGGACGCCACUCUGCCAGGCCGUGCUCCAACAUCAGCUGGCGGCAGUGCAAUGCCUCUUGACAGCCGGGGCUUGCAUCGAAAGAACCGGUGUACUGGGGACGCCCUUGUGCUUAUCAGCUCUAGUCCCACACUCCGACGUCAUGAGUGUUCUCCUCGAGUCCAGGGCGAACACCGAGGCACAAACCGAUGCCGGGGCGACGCCGCUCCUCCUGGCGACUGAGAGCCUCAACCCAAAUGCUUCUUUGGAUGCGGCGACAGCUUUGGUGGAAGCCGGAGCCGUCGUAGACUCCCCAGACAAAUCUGGACGAACCCCCUUGUGGUUUGCAUGCGGUCGCGGCCAUGUGAGGGUGGUGCGCUUGCUCCUGCAGGCAGGGGCCCGCCCGAGCAUGCGUGACAGUCUCGGGAAGACUCCGUUUGAUGCUGCGCAUGGCCGCAAGCAUGUUCGGCGGCUCCUAUCGAACGCCAAGUGGUCACGAGCACAGCACGUCAAAGCACGCAGCCGCCACUGGGAAAAUUGGGCUUCCGAGGUGGCGAGCAUUUGCAUUCCGGAUUUGUGGUAG